UGCCUGGCACCUCUGCUGGAUGGCUCUGCUAGCCCUCCAAACGGCGGUCGGGGCCUCGGGAUUGCCGUGUGCCGCACGCCGGUACUCCGGCGGAUCGGUGUGCGUGUGCAACGUGACGUACUGUGAUACGCUCGAGUUUGUGGAACCAUCGGUGGACGGCAGUUACGUGCUGGUGUCGAGCAGUAGCGCCGGAUUACGGUUCGCAGUCGGAGAGGGCAGCUUUUCGAACGCGACCAGCAAGCCAUCGAUACGGGCCGAUGCGUCGAUCACGAUCAAUUUGCAGCGCAAGUUUCAAACCGUGGAAGGUUUCGGCGGUGCGUUCACCGGUGCCGUGUCGUACAAUCUGGCCAAACUACGGGCACCGCUGCGUGACAGUCUGUACCGAGCGUACUACUCCAAGACCGUCGGAAUCGGGUACCGCUUCAUGCGAGUGCCGAUCGGGGGCUGUGACUUCGAUUUGGAACCGUGGGCCUACAACGAGCUGCCGGUGAACGAUGGAGCACUGUCCAACUUUAGCACCCUGGACGAUAGGGAUCUGGUGAAAGUGUCACAGAUCCAACAGCUUAUCGAGGUUGCCGAUAACCGAGACAUUCGCAUUAUCGGAGCCGCCUGGAGUCCGCCGCGGUGGAUGAAAACCAAUAACGAUUGGACGGGAGCUAGCCGCCUGAAGCCCGAGUACUACCAAGCCUGGGCCGACUAUCACGUGCGCUAUCUGGAGCUCAUGAAGGCGGCCGGCCUCGGCUUUUGGGCUAUCUCAACCGGCAACGAGCCCCUGAACGGUGUGAUUGGCUUUCUGUUUAUACACUUUAUGAGCCUCGGCUGGACGGCCCAGGAGCAAGGGCGCUGGGUGGGCCAGUUCCUCGGCCCCACCCUGAAGAACUCGGCCGUGGCCGAAGUGAAGCUCUUCGGUUGCGAUGACCAGCGGUACACUUUCCCGUGGUGGUUCGGGCUGAUGGAUCAGGGCGAUGCCAACGCUACCAACUAUCUGGACGGACUGGCCGUCCACUGGUACUGGGAUGGUGUAGCUCCAGCAGCCCUGCUGGAUCAAACGGCCCAAAGAUACCCCGGCAAGCUGAUCUUCAACACCGAGGCAUCGCUCGGUGAUAAGCCACUGCAGCAGCACCAUCCGAUUCUGGGUUCGUGGGAUCGGGCCGAAUCGUACAUCUUGUACAUCCUGCAGGACCUUCAGCACAGUGUGAACGGGUGGAUCGAUUGGAACCUGGUGCUGGACGAACGUGGGGGGCCAAACUACGCCAAGAACUAUGUGGAAAGUGCCGUCAUCGCUAACACCACUUCCAAGGACGAGGCCUACAAGCAACCGAUAUUUUACGCGUUGGGACACUUUUCCCGCUUCAUACUCCCUGGAUCCGUACGAGUGGAGGCCCGCAGCACCAACAACGUAGAGGUGGUGGCCUUCGAACGGCAGGACAAACGGACAGUGGUCGUUUUCUACAACAAGGCCACUUCACCUUUAUCUGUACAACUGGAGGACUCGCGAUACGGAAGUGUCCGCCUGCGCAUUCCUGCCAAAUCAAUUCAUUCCCUGCUUUAUACUUAAGCUGCUUGCUACGUCAAUGAAAUACGAACGAAAUUAAGAGACACAAAGACGGAAAGGCUAAUUUUGCGUAUGAGGUUCCUACGCUGAUCCUUUAGAAAUGUUGCCAAGCCGAAAAUAUGGAUGAGGAGCCAUUCGGCCUAAACUAUGAUCCUCUUGCUGCUGUGAGCAGAUGGUUCAAUUCGGCCUAUAACGAUUUCGACUUUUCGGUCAAAAGCAACCGGUAAUUUAAAGACAAACUAUAACACCAGCAAAUUGUAGAAAAUCUUCUUCCG